AAUUUUCAUUAGGCUGCCACGAAGCUUCACCGCGUUUAGGUUCAUACAUUUUGUUUGUUUUUAAACUCGUUCUGCGCAGCAAAUAUAGCGCAGGUAAUGUGCAGAAUUGGUGUGUGGUUAUUGUGCAAACCCGUGUGUGGAAUUGCAUGUAGUUUUACCCAGACAACCCAGUAAUCAGCAUCGAGCAAAAGCCGCACCGGCAUUUCUUGGUAGCAGCAGAAAGCCGAGACAGAAACCAAUACACCGGCCAUGACCGUGGAUACUAGCAAUGGAAGCAGCGGAGGAGCGACGAAAGCACGGGGUCUCCUAACCUGGGAAAAACAAGAGCAUCUCGUUAAGCUAGCGAUACUUAUUUUAGCCGCCGUUUUAUCGUUCGCUACACGUUUGUUUUCUGUGCUGCGUUUUGAAAGUGUGAUCCAUGAGUUCGAUCCAUAUUUUAACUACCGCACCACGCGGUUCCUGGCCGAACAGGGCUUUUACAAAUUCCACAAUUGGUUUGAUGAUCGAGCCUGGUAUCCACUUGGUCGCAUCAUCGGCGGAACCAUCUACCCAGGAUUGAUGGUUACAUCGGCGGCCUUGUACAGGCUAAUGUGGAUGCUGAACAUAACCAUCGAUAUACGUAAUGUGUGCGUAUUUCUAGCACCAUUCUUCUCCUCGCUUACCACGCUCGUCACUUAUGCUUUGACCAAGGAAAUACACAGCACUGGCGCCGGCUUGGUAGCUGCAGCGCUCAUAUCCAUCGUGCCGGGAUAUAUAUCACGCUCGGUGGCUGGUUCCUAUGACAAUGAAGGCAUCGCCAUAUUUUGCAUGCUCUUUACCUACUAUCUAUGGAUUAAGGCAGUCAAAACGGGCACCAUAUUCUGGUCGGCAAUGUCGGCGCUUGCCUAUUUCUACAUGGUGUCCUCGUGGGGAGGUUAUGUCUUUCUCAUCAAUUUGAUACCGCUGCACGUGCUGGCACUAAUGUUUACUGGCCGCUUCUCGCACCGUAUUUAUAUAGCAUAUAGCACUCUAUAUUGCGUUGGCACCAUUCUCUCCAUGCAGAUAUCGUUUGUCGGCUUCCAGCCCAUCCAGAGCUCCGAGCACAUGCUGGCACUGGGAGUUUUUGGUCUCUGCCAGAUACACGCCUUUGUAGACUAUCUGCGCUCGCGUAUGCCAAAGGACCACUUCGACCUGCUCUUCAAGACGCUGGUGUCGAGUAUAAUUAGCCUGGUGUUGAUUGUGGGAACGCUGCUAACACUAACUGGCAAGGUAUCACCUUGGACGGGCCGCUUCUACUCGCUGCUGGAUCCAUCUUAUGCAAAGAAUCACAUUCCAAUCAUUGCCUCUGUGUCGGAGCAUCAGCCCACAUCUUGGUCAUCAUUCUACUUUGAUCUACAGAUUCUCGUUUUUCUGUUUCCCGCUGGCCUCUACUUCUGUUUCUCGCGCCUGACAGAUGCCAACAUAUUCAUCAUAUUGUAUGGCGUGACUAGCAUUUACUUUGCCGGCGUCAUGGUGCGUCUAAUGCUUGUCUUGGCGCCUGUGAUGUGUGUUCUUUCUGGCAUAGCCAUUUCGCAUCUGUUGGCCAAGUAUAUCAAGUGUGUGGACACGGGCAGCUCCAAGCCCGCAACGGAGAGCAAACGGCAGCACAAGAAACUGGAACAGCAAAGUGGUGGGGUCAAGAGCGAGGUGGCCAUUGGUUUUGUAUCCAUUAUAACACUGAUGCUUAUCGUUUAUACGCUUCACUGUACCUGGGUCACUUCUGAGGCCUACUCCUCGCCGAGCAUUGUGCUUAGCGCGCGCUCCCACGAUGGUGGGCGCAUCAUCUUUGAUGACUUUCGCGAAGCCUAUUACUGGCUACAAAUGAAUACGCCUGAGAAUGCGCGCAUCAUGUCCUGGUGGGAUUACGGCUAUCAAAUAACAGCCAUGGCCAAUCGCACGAUACUUGUCGACAACAAUACCUGGAACAAUACGCAUAUUUCUCGUGUGGGCCAGGCAAUGGCCUCGUCUGAGGAGAAGGCAUAUGAAAUAAUGCGUGAACUGGACGUUGACUAUGUACUAGUUAUUUUUGGUGGUUUGACGGGUUACUCGUCAGACGAUAUUAACAAGUUCCUGUGGAUGGUGCGCAUUGGCGGCAGCACAGAUCGCGGUGCGCACAUCAAAGAGAAGGACUACUAUGCGGCAAAUGGAGAGUUUCGUGUAGAUAAAGAGGGUUCCCCCACGCUGCUCAAUUGUCUCAUGUACAAGAUGUGCUAUUAUCGAUUUGGGCAAAUGUAUACGGAGGGCGGCAAAGCGCAGGGCUAUGAUCGCGUGCGUGCCGCCGAAAUUGGCAACAAGGACUUUGAGCUCGAUGUGCUUGAGGAGGCAUAUACAACCGAGCACUGGCUGGUGCGCAUCUACAAAGUGAAGGACUUGCCAAAUAGAGGCGUCUAAAUGAACCGAGUUCCCUCUCUCUCUCUCUCUCUCUCUCUUUCUUUAUCUUUCUAUCUCUGUUUCUAUGUCUCUAACAUAUUCGCAUGCAUGUAUUCUUUGAUAGAGCUCUAUUUAAAAACAUUCUGUAAUUUGUACAUUCAUUAAGCUUAGCUUUAAUUUUAGGCUCACUGCUCUUUUUUUUUUUAAUAUUAAAUCUUACAUGAGUAUUAUUGUUAUUCCCUGUGUCUGUCUCUCUCUCGCUCUCUCCCCCUCAUAGUUGAGAGAGACUUUUAAUUAUACUUUAUAAAGUUUCGUUUGAUGAAUCAAAUACGAAGCAAGAGCAUAUUCUUAGGGUGUAAGCCAGCAAACUGAUCGAAAAUAUACAUAUGUGAAAAGAAAUCUCAUGAAAAUUAUAAAA